GGCUGGUGGGAGGGGCCUGGGGCCUAUCUAACCCAGACCCAGCUCUUUCUAGAGGGAAAAGACACUACUCAAAAAGUCUUGGGGGUGGAAGGAAUGCUGAGGGGGGAGAACGGCUCUAGAAAGGAGCAGCAGGAGAGCCAAUCCUCUUGGGGAGAAGGAUACUCAGUGUGGAGAGAGUUGGGCACCAACAGAGCUCUGCCUGCCUCUUUAGGAAGCUCUAGACUUGCCUGAGAGCAGGACCUUUUGGUUCUAAGGAGAUCCUACCCUUGCUGAAGGACUGGAACGGGUGUUGGCCUCCCAGCGUCCCCAGAUGGAAGAUGGGUGAUUUCUGGUUUCAGGUCAAAUUGGUAUUUGACACGCUGUUUUUUCAUGUCCUCAAAGUACCUCUCCAUACACAGCUUCUGGUGAUAUCAGAAGCACAUCAAAUGGAGAACAGGACAAUGGAAAGGGAAAGAUGCAGAGUACGGAAACGCUAACACAGGACUCCUUUAUGUAUCUCCAUCAGCUUCGUAGACAAGACCCUGAAUUUACUAAGGAUGCAGAGGAACUGGGAAUCUGAAUAAGGAAGUGGGAAUAAGUGACCAAACUCAGCCAACUGAUGAACCAUCUCGAUCUUUCUCAUCGUGCCAGUUAUCGAUGUAAUGAUGCAGCCAAGUUGACCAGAUAUUGGCAGACAGCAGAGGAAUGAAGAGCUUUCCAGACGGUCAGUAACAACCACACAGAAGAACCCACUGACACAUGCAAUGCUUCAAGAAAAGCUUCUCCUAGCACACAGUUUCAGUUUCAACAUUCUCUAGCCCAACUUCAUUUUCAUGCCAGACUGAUGAAUUCACCUGGAAUCAGUUAUAAAGGCAAGGGGUCUGGUUGCUGUUCUUCCAUGGAGUUCCCAUUUUAUCAUGGAAACAUAACGAGAAAAAACUGUGAAGAAUUACUAAGCAAGAAAGGCAAGGAUGGCAGCUUUUUAUUACGAGAGAGUGAGAGCGUGGCAGGAGCCUUGUGUCUUUGUGUUUUCUUUGAACAGCUCAUCUACACUUAUCGAAUCUUCAGGGAAAGUGAAGGUUACCUUAGGAUUCAGACUUCUGAAGAUGUUCCAAAACGGGUCUUCAAAACAAUAAAGGACUUAAUAUACGCAUAUGAAAAGCCAAAUCAAGGACUCGUCAUCAACCUUCGCUACCCAGUAAGGAAACCGAAGCCCCCAAGGAGGAGAGUAAGGAAAUCCAAGGUAGAGGUGGAUGUAGAUUAUGAUGAAGUUGAAGAUAGAGAUUAUGUUGAUGUCUUACCUUAAAUCAGCUGGGACCUGUUUUUUUGUCAGAGGCCACCUUUUAUCCUACCCCCCAUCUCAGCAGAUCAAAUGUAAAAAGCUUUCUCUCAGAACUUAACUUUGCACGUGCCACAUCUGCUGGCUGGACAUUCUCAUCACUGGACUUGUGCCUCUGAAAUUCACUCUCCUGGGCAGCUCAUCAAAGUAACGGACUUGUACUCUUUGGGACACAAUACAAGUUAUAUUUAUUUUAUUCAUUAUUAGAAUAACUUGUUUUUAUUUUUAAUUUGUUAUUUUCCUUUUUGCUAACUGAAGUUCUAGCUGCCCUGGUCUGCAGCAUGUUAGAAAAUAGUAAGGUAAAUAUGUUAAUUGCAUAUGGGUAGAUCAAAUGAUAAUGGCAGAGCUGAAAUCUACUAUGAUACAAACUCUAUAGACUCCACAGAAUGUUAAAACCAUGUUUUGUUGUAUUUUCAUACUUUGUGCAGGAGACAUUUGUUUUGCCUCAUUUUCAGCUAACUAGAUGGUGUAUUCAGCUUCAGAAUCUUUAAUGUCUUGAAGGAAUAAUAUCAUCCUGUAGCACUGAUACAAUCUAAGGCUGCUGACAAAAAAGCAUUGACAAGUAGCAGCAACUGAAAAUAGAGAAUAUUAUUGUACAGUGUAAAUAAAUGCCCUGGACUGUUUUCAUAUCUAUCAAUGGUAUUGUUGAAGAUUUACUUUGGGACUGCAAGUUUUACACAGAUGCUUUUAUGAACAGUUUAAUUUUUUUAUAUUUAAUAUUUGUUGCAUGUAUUUGACACAGCAUGCAACAGCAACAAAUGGCUGUGUGGUGACUAUAUUUCUUUUUUUAAACAAGAGUUGGCUUUCAAGAAUUAAAUCAGGGAUCUGCUUAUUGUACAGCUUUGUUCUGAAGGUCACUGCUUGGGGAAGUAGUGUGUCUAAUGGUAACUGCCAGAAAAGAGAACUCAGGAAUAUU